UGGAUAUAGCUCAAACUCUAUCUGUGACAUUUGUUGAAACAGAUAGGCAUGUUCACUUAAACAAAUCGUCGCGAUUUCUAAACAUCGCAAUAACUGCUGAGUAAUUUAUAUUAUCUGGAAUACAACCAAUUUGUUUGCAUUAUUCAUUGCACGGUUUAUAGUUUUGUUGAACAAAUCAUCCCGGUAACAGACGACUAAUCUAGAUGGGGUCACAAUCGACAAAGACGGAACAGCAGCCAACGCCAACACCUCUUGUCAUUGCGAUAGAUGUAGGUUCAUAUGCCAGUGGGUGUGCACUCCUAUAUUACACAGACUAUGAGAAAAACCGUUUAAAUCCACACAUAUAUGUGAACAAAGAAUGGGGUGGAGACCACGGCAUGGAGAGUUCCAAGACACAGACUGCUUUACUUAUAAAGGAGAAGAACAAUCCAACAAACGACCUGUUUGGGCAGAAAGCAAUCAAAACAUACUCGGACUAUCAUCAUGCUCAACAUAAACGAUGGCGUUUUUUCCAAAGAUUUAAAAUGCAAUUGCUAAACCAACAGAGAUCAAUUGAUUUCGCCACACAACUAGAAGAUUCCGACGGCAGGCAUCUUCCGGCAAUUAUUGUGUUUAGCAGAUUCAUAAAAAGUAUUAAAGAUUACGUACUAAAAAGAGUGACAAGUUCUGGUUCGGUAGUCGACGUUAAACGUAUUAAAUGGGUAAUAACCGUUCCCGCAAUAUGGCCUGAUCGGGCGAAAAGUUUGAUGCGGCUGGCUGCCCAAAAGUCCGACAUACCAGGAGCAAAUGUGGUGAUUGCCAUUGAACCAGAAUGUGCCGCAAUUCAUGCGAUACGUUCAGUUAGUGCGGGAACACAUCACUCAAAGACAACUCCGAGUUUUGCUUCACCUGGCUCAGUGUUCAUGAUUGUUGACAUGGGAGGUGGAACCGUGGAUAUACUAUUGCUCGAAGUAAUCAAUGAGCUCCAUAGAAUGAAACAGGUACAGGCUCCAGUCGGUGGUCCAUGGGGUGGCAACUAUGUCGAUGACCUAUUCUUCGAAAUCCUAAAAAAAGUUGUCGGAGAAGAUGUUUUCAGUAAAUUUCAAGCCGAAAACCCUACUGAAUUCUUGGAUUUACAGCGAGAAUUUGAAUAUGAGAAACGAACGGUCAAACACUCAACUGAGCCAGAGCCAGAACCGUUUUCUUUAAAGAUUCCUGGCGGUUUAUUACACUUGUGGACUGAUUCCAAAAAACAACGAAUAACUGAAAUAGUACGAAAUAUCACAGUGCUUGGCGGAAACUUGGAUUGGAAUGCCUCGAGGUUGGUAUUUCCACCUGAGAUAAUGUGGGGCAUUUUUAAAAAAGCUACUGAUGAAACGAUCAAGUGUAUUAAAAAAUACAUCAAACAAGCAGGAUCAAUUAAGAUUAAAGCGAUAUUGGUAGUGGGUGGAUUUUCUUGUUCGGGGUACGUCAUACCAGCAUUGGAAGAAAAGCUGUCGUAUUUGCACAUUCCUAUAUACGCUUCUGAAUGGGACGGGGAUGGGGAUUUGGCCGUAUUGAAAGGGGCAGCCCUGUUUGGACAUGACGAGCAUAGCAUAGUUUCCCGCAAGCUGGCUUAUACAUAUGGUCUGAGCUGUAUAAAGACAUUUGACAUUUCCACACAUAGUCAACAACAUACGUUCGAACAUGAAGGCAAAACUUUGGCGAACGCAGUGUUCCAAAAAAUUGUCACUCGUGGGCAGAUUGUAAAAAGCAAUCAAUGGAUUGAUGCCAAUGUGUACUAUCCAAACGAUGGCGCUGAUAAGAUAACAAUAUAUGUGCAUGCGUCUAGUGAGGACAAUCCUAUCCAUGUCACUGAAGAAUCGUGUUGGUGUGUGGGCAUGUUUGAAGUGGAUUGCUCAUCAUCAUCGCAAAAUAUUAGAGAGAGAGAAGUUCGCGUUUCUAUGCAAUUUGGAGGAACGGAAAUUGCGGUAAAAGCACAGCAUAUUGCGUCUGGAAAGUGCACCGAAUCCAAACUGUUAUUACCCUAACACAAAUCUGUACACUUUUAACGACAAACAGAAAAAUAAAAAACACUUCCUGCAUGUUCUAUUUGCGAUCUUAUUAAGGUUAAGGGCAUACGAAAACAUGAAAAUGCAAAGCUAUUUUAUUUUAAUAAAUUAUGUUCAAUCUGCUAUAAAGUUAAACUUUCUACACGAGAAAGAAACAACACGCGCAAGUGCACGUUAAUAUUACAGAUGUGUGUAUUAUUGCUUUAAGUAAGAUAAAUCUGGUAAAAAAAGACCAUAAUUUUAAUUAUCAUUAGAAUAAUUCUUACUAUAAAAUGUAGAAGUAAUAGUGUUGCGUUCGUGCGAAAAUGUGUGAGUGCAUAUAGAUAUUAAAUUGAUUACCACUAACAUAAAAGUGCUGAUCGUGCGGGUCACAAUACCGAUGAUUACGUUACAACCAACGUUUGAGACGAAUUGUGUAUAGUGGCUUCGACAUAUGUUGUUGUUGUGUCGCUAACUGAUGUCACAUAUAUAUAUAUUUUAAGAACAACAACUGCUUUCAGCUAAUUAACUUGCGUUUGUUUGGAGGUGUUGUGCUAAAUGUCUCUCUGUAUACAUGAACAACCUGCUUUAAGAUAACAAACUGUUUUUAAGUGAAUUGAUAACGUACACGUUGUGUAUCUGGUUGCAUUUAGUUGCUUUUGUCCUGUUAUUUUAAAAUUAUUUUGCUAUCCGGACAUUUUAUCCGGUAUGGUUGUUAAUUUGUUGAACUUAUGAGCAUGAAAGUAUUGUAACCUAAAAACUCUAACUCGUUAAUUGCCACACUGAUUUUGUUUAGUCAUUCCCUCAUAUGUAGAAUUUAUGUUCCCCUGUGCAUUAGCUACCUUUGACUGUAAACGUGUACACACUUACCAAAAGCAUUUUGCUUUAGAGUUGAAGAUUUUGAGUGUUAGCUGUACUGAUUGAAAUACAGUUAAGUAUAAUAUUAAGCUAAGAACUUUAAUCCGAGUGUGUGUUCCUUUCAGCGUACUAAAAAGGUAAUACUGUUGACUUUAACUGUAUAACAUACAUCGCGCGCCAUAUACAAAAUGUAAUAAAUGUUUAAAUAUGAA